CCGCGCGCUCAUCCUUCAACAUCCACCCAUCCACCCAUCACCUCAGCCCCCCGUCGAUUUGCAUACGCGUCAACGGCAUCUCAUCUCUUAUAUCCUCGAUAGGCUGACACCUACCCUCUAGUAGCAAUGCUCACAGCCGCCGCCGACAAGAAGGAAGUCAAGAAGGCUGCCCCCAAGCAGAAGCGCGAGAAGAUGGACCCCAACAAGCCCAAGCAAGCCCUCUCCGCCUACAUGUUCUUUGACCAAGACAACCGAGAGCGCAUCAUGGCCGAAUACCCCGGCGCUACCUUUGAUCAUGUCGGCAAGCUUUUGGGUCUCAGGUGGAAGGAGAUGAGCGAUAGCGAGAAGGAGGUGUGUCUUUCUUCCUCUUCUCCUCUCUCUUGUCUUUCUUGUCUUUCUUGUCUUUCUCGCGCACCGCCUGACAUGUGUCUUAGCCCUACUACAAGAAGGCCGCCGCCGACAUAACUCGUGCCGAAAAGGACAGCGCCGCGUACAAGGCCGACAGCCAUCCUUGAGAAGAAGUCCGAGAAGGCUGCUCCUAAGGAGUAAAGUAUGAGGCGCCGAGGGGAAAUAAUUCAUUUCUGCUUCGUUUUUGUCCAUGAAACCGUCCUUUCUGCUCCCUCAUCAUUGAUCUAUCGUCUCCAUCUCGAUUGAUUGUCUGCCCGUAGACUACUCAAUAAUAUUAUGCUAAUGACUCAAACCAAUGUCCUCUUUCUCCAAUCAAAUAUUCACUGCCC